AUGAUUCUCUAUGGUUCGGAAACAUGGACUCUGAAGAAGAAAGAGAGGGACCUUCUGGCAACGGCACAGCGGAAAAUGAUGCGAUGGAUGCUCGGAGUAACAUUGCUCGAUAGAAGAAGAAACUCCUGGCUCUAUGAAAAGUUGAAACUACGCGAAGUUCGGUCGGAAGCUGUGAAGAGAAAAUGGCUUUUCGCCAAGAUUAUCGCUAGGGGAGAAGACACGUGGGCGAAGAAAAUCGUGGAAUGGCGUCCAUGGGCAAAAACGCGUGAAGUUGGACGACCUAAACCUCGUUGGCGAGAUGACCUACGAGCAGUUCUUGGUGAAAGAUGGGCGACAGUUGCGCGAACCGACAAACAUCUCUUCAAAUAUUACAUGAUUUAG